AUGAAUAGUUGCUUGAGAACUCCAAUCAUAAAGGCUUUAAGAGAAUAUAAAGAGAAGAUUGUAGAUUCAAUGAAAAUGAAAGUAUCUGAAGAUAAGUGGACGCCUAUUAAUAUGCAUACAAAAGCUGGUGUAAAUAAAUUUUUAUUGCAGAUGGAAAAUUUGGGCCUUAUAUUAGCUAAGUACAUAAUAAACGAAACUUGGGUUGACUUAUCUAGCAGUACUAUAUGGUUUGCUCAGUCCAUAUUAACUAUACAGAAAAUUGGUUUAAAACUUGUAACAAAGGAUAUGAUGGAUGUUUUAGAUGAGUGUAUAUAUGCAGUAUUCAACAGUCGCCUUGCGCUCUCUGUAGGAAAUGAUUCAAGUUAUGCUCAGAAGAAUUUCAAGUUUUUAUUAGAAACAGUUAUGCCGCUAAUGCUAAGGGUUUACAAGGAAGAGGUUGGUUAUGAUAAUGAGAAAUUAGUAUCAUUAGCAAAGAAGUUUGGUAUGAAAGUUACACCUCCAAAGAAAUCAAACAUCACAAAGUAUACAAGUAAUGAAUAUUUAUGA